UAUCAAGUAUCACAUCGGUAGUGUGUACUAAUAACGAUGACUGUAGUGUUGAUCAUAACAGUCAAUGUGAUACGACUAACGGUAAAUGUGAAUGUAAAACUGGAUUUGCAGAAACAGGAACAAAAUGCGAAUUAUCAAGUAUCACAUCGGUAGUGUGUACUAAUAACGAUGACUGUAGUGUUGAUGAUAACAGUCAAUGUGAUACGACUAACGGUAAAUGUGAAUGUAAAACUGGAUUUGCAGUAACAGGAACAAAAUGCGAACUAUCAAGUAUCACAUCGGUAGUGUGUACUAAUAACGAUGGCUGUAGUGUUGAUGAUAACAGUCAAUGUGAUACGACUAACGGUAAAUGUGAAUGUAAAACUGGAUUUGCAGUAACAGGAACAAAAUGCGAACUAUCAAGUAUCACAUCGGUAGUGUGUACUGAUAACGAUGGCUGUAGUGUUGAUGGUAACAGUCAAUGUGAUACGACUAAUGGUAAAUGUGAAUGUAAAACUGGAUUUGCAGUAACAGGAACAAAAUGCGAACUAUCAAGUAUCACAUCGGUAGUGUGUACUAAUAACGAUGGCUGUAGUGUUGAUGAUAACAGUCAAUGUGAUACGACUAACGGUAAAUGUGAAUGUAAAACUGGAUUUGCAGUAACAGGAACAAAAUGCGAACAAAUGAUUACAUCGGUCGCAUGCAAUGAUGGCGGUUCUGAAUGUAAUAUUGAUACUAAUAGUGAAUGUGAUACGACAAAGAAAUCUUGUGUUUGCCAAGCUGGUUUUGCAGUUGUAGGAGCAAGAUGCGAAGAUAUAGACGAAUGCGAGGAAAAGAUUGACGAAUGUGAUAAAACAAAUGGCAAAUGUACAAACACACAAGGGUCAUAUACAUGUGAAUGUAACUCUGAUUAUAAUGGUGAUGGUAAAACAUGUACACGCAUAAUCACAACAGUCCAAUGCACGGAAAGUAGCAGUGAAUGUAACAUUGAUGUGAACAGUGAUUGUGAUACAAAAUCGCGUUUAUGUGUUUGCAAAACGGGCUAUGAAGUUGCUGGAGCAAGAUGUGCAGCUACUUGUUCAAAAGGCCCAUGUCAAAAUGGAGCAACAUGCACUGUCAAUAGCAAUCAACUGGUCUGUUCUUGUCUUGCUGGAUACGAAGGAGACUAUUGUCAAACAGGUAAAUGCUUGGAUACAACUUGCCAGAAUGGUGGAAAAUGCACGGACACAGAUAACAAAGUCGUUUGCGAAUGUACCAAUGGAUUUCAAGGGGAUUAUUGUCAGACAAGGGUUGCCACGUUACCGCUAAGUUAUGGUGCCAACUACGGUCAAUUAAAAAUCUCCUAUCCGAAAAAGAGAGACUGGUGUGUAAUGGUUGAUAACUUUGAGUGUCCAAUAAAAGUUGAUGACGAGUACAGAAACAAAUUUUAUAUUUGUGAAAACGGCAUUGUCACAUUCAGAAAACAAUACAAGAAAAAUUCAGUUCCAUCUUCUGUAUCAGAGAGAAAUAAGUUCAAAAACAGAGAUAUAGUAGCUCCUUACUUUUCGAACAUUGAUGCCAGAACUACCGGUGAUAUUUGGUACCGUCUAUAUAAUAAAGACGAGUUAGCCAGUGACACCACAGUCAAUACAGAGAUAUCUGCUAUUCUUAAUGACGCAGGUUAUGGGUCGAUGGAUGUGUACUUUCUUCUUGUGGUCACGUGGGCUGAUGUCGUAGAGUACAGCAAGGAUACUAAUGAUUUGACAUCCACAUUUCAACUCAUCAUAGUUUCAGACGGAAAACACAACACGUUUGCUUUCUUUGCCUACCUAGAAGAUAAAAUGAAUUUCGCAACGUUUGAGAAUCAAAUUGGAAUAGCGUUUGAAUUUCAACAAACAUUAUCUGUCAGAGUACGCAGUCCUGUUACACGAUAUACAAAUCUAGGACGGAGCGGUUUUGCGAUGUUUUCACUGAACUCGGGUUGGAAUACUAAAAUCUCAGAUUGCUACAUUUGUAAACAAUGGACAACUCGAGAGGCAAACACACUUAAAGUCUUAGAAACACGAUGGAACGAUAUGCCAAUGUGCCCGUGUGAUAAGAAUACAAUUCAAGUAGCUGGCUUUUUCGAGAAAACAUCAAUAUUGAUAUCGUCGGAUAUCAUAGACACAUAUAGCAUCAAAUCAAAUGAAGAAUAUAACUAUCAAGGAAUGACAUGUACCUACGAGUCAAGCUCGUUCAUAUCAUCUGGCGAUAACGUUGGUUUUAGAUCAGAAUAUAAUUCUUUGACUUUUGGUUAUUAUGCUUUUUACAAUGCCGAAUUAGACAUGAGGUCAGUAUGCUGCAAAGCCGGACUAUGCGAUGACUUCCAUGCUGUUCGUCCAAGGAACACUAACUGCACAGCAAGCGCUGGUGUACUUGUCGGUGGUGGAACCGGUGAUCCACAUAUAACCACUCCUGAUGGAAAAUCCUUCACGUUCAAUGGAGAAGCUGAAUAUACAAUGUUGUCUGUACAAAAGGAAGGAGUAGACUUUGUUUUACAAGCAAGAACAGCUCCAUUCCUUAGUGAUGAUGGAACAUCUGUUGGUGCCACUGUUUUCACGGCGUUCGCAGCUAAAGACAAUAUUGACAACUCUCGAUGUACAAUUGAGCUCAAUAAUAACACCGAUGCUGGAAUGCAAAUUAAAGUGAAUGGCAAAUUCUUCACCUCCGAAUUUGCUUCGGAUCAACAAUUUUCGACAUCUGAAGGAGCUGUUUCGUUGGAAAAGCAAAAUGGCAGUAUCAAAGUUAGCUUCACAAAGUCCAAAAUAAGUUUUACUGUAGCUGUAAAGCUGAAACGAUUGCUGACAAUUUCCGUGGCAGUUCCGGAAACCUAUGCAGGUUUACCGAAGGGACUUAUGGGAAAUGCGAACAGUGACCCGUCUGAUGACUUUACUUAUCCAAACGGAACUGUUCUACCAACCAAUGCUACAGAAAGAGAAAUAUUUAACUACGGACAGACUUGGAUGAUAACCAGCAGUGACGAGUCAGUGUUUGAAUAUCCGCCCGGUGGAAGUUUUCUAGAUUUUCAGAACUUGAAUCCAACAGUUAAUUUCCUUGACGAGGCUGAUCAAGCAUUAGUCACUGAGGCUACGACCUUCUGUGGAGAAGGCAAUAUUCCUUGUAUAUUUGAUAAAGUUUUCACCGGAAAUGACGAAGUAGCAGAAGACACAAAAUCUGUCAGUAAGGAACAAGAGGAUAUACAACUUCGUCUUGAAAAUGUUGCGCCUACCUUACAGUUAGAUGUGGCAAGCUUAGACGAAAACACUGGUAAGAUACAUGUACUGAAUGAAACAAAGACGGAAGUAACUUUAACUGGAGUAGACGACGGUGUUAUAACAUUUCAGAUAAUUAGCGGCGCAGAUAUAGCUACUCUACGGGACGGAACUACAAAUAAUGCAAAGGUCUUAGAAAUCUCGUUUCAAAAUGAUACAGCGAUAACGAUCAGUUUGGUAGCCGUUGACAACUUCCAAGUCCAGUCAGCAUUACUAGUUCUUGACAUAAUUCUAUGUACUGGUUGUAACGGAAAUGGUGAAUGUGUUUAUACAAAUACUCGAACUCCAGACCCGGCUGUUCAGGGCUUCAAUUUAGCUUUGUGUGAUUGUAAUGAUUUCUAUGAAGGGGACGAAUGUGGUACUGAUCUCGAUGGGUGUGAAGGUGACCCUUGUUCACUAGACCGUGAAUGUACGGACAAUGAUGCGGCCACGCAUGCGGAGACCGAAAAUGCAUUUACGUGCGGCGAAUGUCCUGAUGGUUACACUACAGACGGCCAGGAUUGUUUAGACAUAAAUGAAUGCGAAGCUGAACCUAAACCAUGCAGUGAUAUUUGUGAGAACACUGUAGGAAGUUAUGUCUGUAAAUGUAAUGAGGGCAGACGUGCGAAGAAUGCCACAACAUGUAUAGAUAUUAAUGAAUGUGAAGAAGCAACGAGUAAUUGUGAGCAAAUUUGUACAAACAUAGACCCAGGUUUCACGUGCAGCUGUAAUGAUGGUUAUGAUUAUGAUGCUACUGCAAACACGUGCACUUUGUCUGAUACUGCAUUAUGUGCCACUUCGGGAUGUUCAACUGAAAAUGGUGGAUGUCUUGUGGAAAAUGGCGACACUAAAUGUUUCUGUAACAAAGGGUACAAGCUUGGAAACGACGAGAAAAGUUUUGUGAACGAUACAUUACUUUUUUAUUGUUUAGAUAUUGACGAAUGUGGACAAAACAUCUGUUCCGGAACAUGCGAUAAUACAGCAGGUUCCUACACAUGUGGAUGUUUGACAGGGUUUACAUUAAAUGCUGAUAAAACCACUUGCUCCGCAUGUUUAUCUGGCUUCUGGGGAAAUGACUGUGCUCAAACAUGUACAUGUAGCAGUCUAGGGUCGUCGGAUUGUGACAAUGCUAAAGGAUGUAUUUGCAAGGCUGGAUGGGAAGGAACGGACUGCACUGUUAAUGUCAACGAAUGUUCUGUGGCAAACAUAUGUAAUGAUGAUUAUAAAACUUGCGUGGAUACUUUAGGUUCCUACAGAUGUGAUUGUAUACAACAUUAUCAGUUAAAUACGGAAACUGACAAAUGUGAUGAUAUAAACGAAUGCAAUGAUGCAAAUUUGAACAACUGUCAACAACAAUGUACAAACACUGAUGGUGGUUUUGUUUGUGAAUGUUUCAAUGGCUACAAGAAAGAUCCUUCUGACGCAACAAAAUGUAUCGACGUGGACGAGUGUGAUAUCGGAAACACAGGAUGUCAACAAACGUGUGAGAAUACCAAGGGAUCUUACAAUUGCUUGUGUUAUUUUGGAUAUUCUCUGAACUCCGAUCAAAAGUCAUGCACUCAGCUUUCAGCUGACACCAUAUGCUCGAACCAGGGUUUGACUUGCGACGGUUACUGUCGGGUUGGUACGGCAACUGCACAGUGUGCAUGUCCAGCCGGUUCAGUGCUCGCCGCAGACGACAAGCAGUCAUGUAUCGAUAUAAAUGAAUGCGAAGAUAGUACAUUAAAUAAGUGUGAAUACCCUGAUACCUGUAAAAAUGUUAAUGGCGGCUUCACGUGCACAUGUCCUACUGGCAAGUUCCUGGAACAUGAUGGAAUAACGUGUACAGUGUGUGACGCGUUCCAUUACGGAGAAAACUGCUUACAAGAAUGUAAAUGUGGCGUCGGAGCGGCUAGGUGUGAUCCUAUAACAGGUUGUGUAUGUAAAGAUGGUUGGACCAGUGAAAAGUGUGAUUUAGACAGGAAUGAAUGUGACGUAGCAACUAGCCCGUGCACACGUGUCAAUACUGUAUGUACUAACACGCCCGGUGGGUUUACAUGCCCCUGUAAGGAAGGAUAUUUCAAUAAUACGAACGGCCAAUGUGAAGAUACUGAUGAGUGCAACAAUCCUCAGCUGAACACAUGUACUCAGAUUUGUGACAACACACUAGGAAGUUAUACAUGUAGCUGUAGAGACGGUUAUAUCCAAGAUGGCAACGGGUGCAAUGAUAUUGACGAAUGUUCCGGAAUCAAUGACUGUAGUCAAAUAUGUAACAACUUUGAUGGUAGUUACAAAUGUUCCUGUAACCCUGGAUAUAUACUGAGUGAAGAGGACCAGAAAACAUGCACAGUACAAACUGAAUGCAGUACAGGUAACAGAUGCGGUGCCAACACGGAUUGCUUAAUGAUCAAUAAUGAAGAGUCAUGUCCCUGUAAGAAAGGAUUUGAAAAGGCAGACGAGGCUGAUACAUCAUGUACAGAUAUUGAUGAAUGUAACUCAACACACCCAUGUGUUAACGGGACCUGUAAUAACAACGACGGCGGGUUUACAUGUUCUUGUGAGAGAGGUUUCAAACUGGACAAAGACUUUAUCACGUGUACACCAUGUCAGUCAGGAUCGUUUGGUGUUAACUGUGGCGAGACUUGUGCAUGCAAAGAAAGCAACACGGAAACGUGCAAUGCUGAUACAGGUGCAUGCACGUGUAAAACUGGAUGGAAAGGAAAUGACUGUGGCGCUAAUAUCGAUGAAUGCACAGAUAAUACAUAUCAACAUAAUUGUUCUGUAAACUCUACCUGUGUAGACACUGAAGGCUCGUAUGUUUGUGAAUGUGUUGACGGGUUCUUUAAAAAUAGUGAGAAAAACUGUGAAGUGUGCGACUCCAAGCAUUUCGGAAAGAACUGUGCCCAGGAAUGUGCCUGUAAUUUUGCCAAUACCGAAACUUGUGACUCACAAAAUGGAUCAUGUGCCUGCAUGACGAGCUGGAAGGGCGACACAUGUUCUGAAGACGUGGACGAAUGCUCAACGACAAACCCGUGCACGGAAACACAUAAAACUCAAUGUAGUAAUAGUGCCGGUUCUUACACGUGUCAAUGUGAUUCCGGAUUUGAGUUAGAUGAGGACAGCUGUGUUGACACCAAUGAAUGUCAAAGAGGUACAAGUAAUUGCAUUCAAAAAUGUACAAAUACAGAAGGAAGCUUUAAUUGUUCAUGUGAUAUUGGACACAGCGGAACCGACAAUGAUUGUACAAAAUGUGCAGUGGACAAAUGGGGAGAACAAUGUGCUACUGAUUGUAAUUGUGACGAAGUUAGGUCCUCGGGAUGUGAUCAUGUGACCGGAUGUAUAUGCAAUCCCGGUUGGCAAGGAGCCACGUGUACCGAGGAUGUUGACGAAUGCAAAACUAAUACAGACAGUUGUCCGGCGAAUUCUUUAUGUACAAAUACAGUUGGUAGUCAUACAUGCGCUUGUAAACCUGGAUAUGAUGAAACUCUGUCCGGUUGUAUAGAAUGCACUAAAAACACUUAUGGUAUUGGCUGUAACAUGACAUGUGACUGUGAUGCCGACCACACUCUAACUAUUACACAAACAUGUGAUACCACAAAUGGCACGUGCUUAUGUUUGCCCACGUGGACUGGUACACGCUGUGAUAUCAAUGUGGACGAGUGUACAUUAAACACACACAACUGUACGGGAAUGUAUGAAGGUUGUACCAACAUAAAUGAUGGGUUCAAUUGUUCCUGUUGGAGAGGUUACACCAGACACAAUAAUGGAACUUGUGUUUUAGAUGAUACACCAGUUCCAACGACGACAGAGACACCAGCGGACAAGCGGAAGAUCAAAGUACUACUGACACUUGCCAUUGAUUUACCGGGCGGCGUUGAUUUUAAUGUCGGAGAUACAUACAAAACGUACAGUGAGGAAGUCACAAAUGAAUUGACGGACCUGUACAAAAGAACCCUUCCAGCAAGGACAGAAUUCAUCAUUAACAUCUUAAACUUAACAAGAGGCAGUCUUAAAGUUGAAUAUGAAGUCAUUGUACCUACGGCCGCUGUCUCGGGUGUAGCUGUAGCCAAUGCGAAGAUAGCGACUGGACAAGAAUCACUCCAGAUCUUCAACAAUAAUGCUACUGCUACUAACCUGUCGAUCAACGGUGUGACAGUGUCAACCGGAACAGAAGACAGUGAUGCGCUUAUAUGUACAUUGUUUGAGGCAGCUUCUGGAAAAUGUUCAUAUAGAUGUGUAGUAACAGACGACAAACCGGCAUGCGAGGCAGAGGACAAGACAGAUCAUUUACCACUGAUCCUCGGGUUGGGUGUUGGCGUACCAAUGUUCUUUAUUAUUGUGGCAAUCAUCGUCAUCUCUAUCUUCUACUAUCAUUUCCGGAAACAGCGACACUCCUCGGAGGAUUUGCGUGACUUUGACGAGAGGGAAAUGGACAUGUUCGCCGGCAAGAUACCGAGACGUAUUAACACUGGAGUAUAUUCCGGACCACUUAGUGGUACUCUAGAUCUCGAGGACUAUCCGGUAUAUCCCGAAUACUCCAUGGGAAAAAGUCAACACUACUACGAUAGAUCCAGAUCAGAUUAUGACAAUGCUCGAGAACCUCAUGGAAACUCCAAUUUUUCGUGGGAUUAUCUUUUCCGCCAGAUGGACCAGGAGAAACCGUUCAAAAUAAAAAGACCAACUGUCGACGGAAGAUCGCCGCGUGGAAAUGAUAUGUACUAAGACAAUUAGGAAAUUAUUAGUGAUACUAGUUCUAAUGUGUGAAAUUCAUGUACAAUAUUGAAAAUGGCAUAAUUAUAUAUAAUAUUAUAUAGCAUUUAAUCAUAGAGAACUUAAUUAAAUUGCUUGUUACUGUCAUUUAUAAGAUACCUUGUUCACAUGAAGAACUGUUUAUUAAGAUACAGCAAAACAGCGCUAUUUAGACCAUCAGUGUACCUUGCUAAAAUUGUAUUAGUUUAAGGUAGAUGCCAGCCAAAUAGGCAUUAUUAUGUAAAGACAUUGAUUAAUUUAGUGUUGUUUUUUUUUAAAUAUUUAGUGUUUUUUAUAAUAUUAUCUUUAGUGUGUAGUGUAUUAUAUCAAUUAGAAAUUUUGUUUGGUAGUAUGUUUUUAAGAAUUUAAGAAUUUGAAAUAUUUCUUUUCUAAACAAAGUCCACAAUUAUUCUCACAUAAAACUAUGUAAAGCAGUUUAUAAUUGUAUUUUUCAAUUCUUGCCAUUAUAGAAAAAGAUGAUAUAUAGUCAUUUAAUAUACUAAAAGAGUGUUUGUAACAGAAAUAAUUUAUCAUGAUUAACAAUCUAUUAUUGUUUGAAAUUGAUUUUUUGUCCAGUAGAAUUGUAGUAUAUUAAAUGAAUCAUAACACAUUUAAUUUGGUAAAUCGGCAGUUUUAUAACAAUAGUUACCGUUCUUGACCAAUUUAUUUUUGCAAAUGCUUACUUAUAAACUCUAACCUAUACAUAAUGUUCACAAUGUCACUUUAAUGUGAAGUACCCUUCGCCUAUAUACCUAGAAAUUCGUGAAAUAAAUAAGACUCUUUGUUUCCGGGGAAUAUGGAAAAAAGUGAUAACAAAAUCUUUAUUUAAGAAGCCAGAUAGACUUUAAUUCCUACAAUAUAUUCAAAAGUAUUUAGUACUUAAUCAUUUAAAUUUAGAGCAGCCACUGGCUGUUUAUUAUUAGGAAUCUUUACAAUGUAUGUUAUUUUAAAGGCACAUUGUUCCUCAGAAUUGUUUUACAACUUAGAAAGGGAAUAGAUUCAUUUGAUAAAGUUUAAAUAAUGGUUUAAGGGCAUGUUAGAUACUUACCACCUGAAGAAAGUAUCGAUAAAUUUAAAUCUAAAAAUGUUUGUUAUAAAAGUAGUAAAAUGUAAACAAAGUAGUUUUUUACUUCCAUACAAGAUACUUAAUCAUUUUAAUUGUACUAAUUGCCAAACAGCAACACAUGAAAAGGAUGAUUGGCAAAUGACAAUUUCUUUUUGAAAACUAUAACAGGGCACAAAAAAUGAAAUAUUUUGAGAAAUAAA